GAAGCGAACCCGAGUCGCUGGCAUCCCAGAGUCGCUGGCAUCCCAGUCCAACGUGCAGGCUGUACGCCACCACCUUCGAGGAGUCAAUUCGCGCCUUCACGGAACGAAUGAGAUGUCAAAGAAAGCUGAGAUGCCAGCUCACAGCAAGGACCACAUGGCCAGAAAGAAAGAGGAAACCCUCGAACACUUCCUCAAGGACAUGCUGCAGACAGAGGAAAAGAACUCUGCUCUCAACUUGCAGAAGGUGAAUGAAGGCUGGCGUUCCCUUCUUUGUCAGACUGAUACGGCAGAGUUGCGUAAUGAUGUCACCGUGCUGAAACAGAUGUUUGACAGGCAGGUGGACGACCUGGACAGUGUCAUUAAGCAUCUGGUUAGUGACCUGCGGGAGGUAGAGCAGCAACGUGCUCAGGCACGUCAGUGCCACCUGCAGCAGCUCGACCGUCUUCUGGUUCAGCACAACAGAUACCUGACGUUUCUGCAACAGCAGUGGGAAAGCGGCAUGCAGCACCUCAGCAAAAACAUCAGCUCAGAGAGGCAGGAAACCAUUGCAGUGAUUCAGGAGCAGCAGACUGAUCUGCAGGACCAAAUGUUCUUGCUGGAGCACCAGCUUCACACAAAACAGACAGAGGACAAACGACUUUACAAUCAAGAGGAAGAACUCUUGAACAAAUUUCAUUUUAACUUGAUGAGUGGUCAGACGAUACAGCAUGGGUCCAAAAAGGACAAGUUACUUCAGGACCAAGAGGCUCAGAGUUCCAGUGAGGAAAUGAAUGUCCAGACGCUGGCUGAGGAAGACAAAGUCCUCCUUCAGGAGAUGGAAGCAAAAAACAAAGCAGGUGGCAGAAACUACAGGUCAGCCGCUGUGAAUGAACUACAAUCAAAGCUUCACUCCUGCCAGAACCAGUACGAACUUGACUCACAGAAUCUGAAAGCCGCCCGAGAUGAAGAGACGCAAAAGAACCAGGAGCUCCGAGCCCAGAUCAAGCGGUGUCAGACCAAAGCCAGGAAGCAGCUUGCAGAGCUCAGCAUCCAAGGAAACAGCACCACCAACAAACUAAAAGCAGUCAUUGCCAAGGGUGAGAAGAUUUUACGUCUCGAUGAAAUAUGCCGUAAACUAGAACGUGACCAGGAAUUGUUCUUCUCAGCCUCAAUGUUCUGUGCACCACCAAAACAUGAGAAAAAACUCCAAUCACAGCCACCAAUGGAGGAACUACUGCAGGAGUUGGGGCCUGGCCUGGAGUUGACUUGGCUGAGGCAGCGUCUGUCUGCAGCUCUGCUGCAGCAGCAGGCUGUGAAGAUGCACAAGGAGCACCUGAAGAGAGAAAACCUGCAGCUCCAGGACCUCCUCAGACAGCGUCUGGGCGCCAUGGCUGUCAGCACCGAGGCUCUCCACGCAGGCCAGCCCUCACGUAGUGUGCAAGCUGCCAGCGCAGAGCUGCUAACCUGUGUAUCAGUAAAUGUUCCUUCACCUGGCAAUCUGUAACAUUAUACUAGCAACAUCUUCACUCUGUCAUAUGAACAGAACACAGAAUAUAAAGUUUAAUCAGCAUUUAAAGCACAAAAUCAACAGUUAUUUAAGUGGCGCCCCCUAAUGUUAAUCUUCAGUCCAAUCAUUUGUGUGGAAACACUGAAUAUAAUAAAACCUCGUGUUGAAGGCGAGACAGAAACUGCACUGUGUGUACAUGUACAUCAUUUAAUAGUCGUUAGACAUUUUAUAUACACGUCUGAACAAUGUGGUACAAUCAUUAAAAUCUGCAGUUUCAUAGUUUAAAUCAGGGGAAAAAAAAAAAAAAAAAAAAUUGAAAACUUAUCAAAACCCUUUUUGGAAGACCGGAAAAAAUAUUUUUGUAUUUCUGAGGCUGAAAAUCAGUCUGACAACAUGAAACAAAUGUUUGUGACCAAUCAGGAGGCGCUCGCUUUUAACCCCUUAAAUUAAAAUGAAUAAAUAAAAACUAGAUUUAAAUUAAAAAACAACCACCCUCAUCUUCAUCUGACAGAGCAGGUGGGCACUCUGAGCCUAUCAGCUAGCAGCUUUCUUAGCACGCCCCUCCCAGGAGGCCCCUGAUUGGACCAUCUUCUUAACCAUCAUGAUAUAAAUUUAUUCUCAUUUGAGGAAAUGAAAGAAAGUGAAAUGUAAAACCAAAUGACAAGGGGGGGGGGGGGGGGACUACGACACUGUGAUUGGUCAAGCACAGAGAAGUGAUUAAAAAAACCUCCACAGGUGAGUCCUGAUCCAAGCUCCACCUCCUAACAAGAUGAUGACAGGAUGAAUCCAUAAAACAAAAAUCAGACAAACCUUGAAGUCUCAGCUGCUUUUUGCAAUGAGGACAUGAACCCUCAUCAGCUCUUUCAGCUUCUACUCUUCAAAGGACUCGGGUGAGAGGGGGCGGGGCUGAAACCACUCAGAUUUACGUGUAUAAAAUGCAUUAUAAAAACUAGAUUUAUUUUCAUAAGUCCAAAAUGUCCAUAUGUGACCAACUCUGACCAAGCAUUUUUUUCCAGCCCAGUGGGUGUGGCUAAAUCAGAGUUCUGAUUGGCCCACCUGGGGCUGGAGCAGGGUAACUUUACUGAAUCCGCCGUUCAUCCAUUCAGCUCACAGAUCACUUUACACAGACAAAACUGGUAACAGACUAGUGCAGGUUGGGGGAAGAGCUAGUGUCUAUUUAAAGAGGUUUUUAACUUAAAUUUAA